AGGUGAUCGUGACUCGAUUGUUUGUUGCUGCUGUUUACGACUAGAUCCUGCCUAACCAGAGGCUGAGGAUAAAAAAAAAAAAAAAAAGGAGGGAGUUUGCAGGGAGAUGCUUUCAUGCCGUCAAUGUGUUCGAAGGUAAUGGAUUACACGGAUGUGAGUUAAAGGUAAUUUCUCUUGAGUGCACGCUCCGUGUCAAAUCAGAAUCUCCUCCUGUUCGCUUGUUCUUCACGAUGCAAAUGAAGUCCUGGAGAUCGUUUUCGAUGAGAAGAAAUUGUCCUCAGAGGCUCGAUGGAAGCUCGACAUGACGGCGCGUGUGGCAGCCUCUCUUUUGGCCCUGCUCCUGAAUUAUCUAGCAUCAUCUGAAGGUGAGCUGUCUCCUCCCCUCAACCUGAGUGUGGAGUUACUGGACUUCAGGGCCUUGGCUCGCUGGCUUCCCGGCCCAGGCAACCCAAAAGGAACCAGAUACUCCCUUGAGUUCGUAGAAGUUGCACAUUACUCAAGGUCGCCAUGGAAUCAAACCAAAGACUGCACGAACAUCACCUUGAAGCAGUGCUCCCUGCUCCUUAACCAGAUGAUUCUCAAAAACUAUUAUAUGAGAGUCAGGGCAGAAUGGAGAGCAGAGCAGUCGAAUUGGACGUCCCUGCAACGUAGCUUCCAACCGUAUGAAUCUCUCCUGAGUGCACCAAACUUGAACUUGAAUGUUGAAAAUCAUUCCAUCUGGAUUUUCCUCAGCCAUCCACUCCAGUCGCUGACGGAAGUGCGGAUCAGAUUCUCUGUUGACCUUUACCAUAUGCUCUCUAGAAACGCAACAAAGCAUAUUGCACACAAUAUAACUACAGAGUCUUCCCGAUUUCUGCAUCUGCCAUCUGGGAACUACUGCGUCGAUGCUUCUGCCUUCUUUACAGCAAACUCCAGAUUCAACAACAACACCACUAUGUGUGUUUUACUGCCUCAAGACCAUAUAGAAGGAAAUUUAUGGGUGGUAGGUAUGGGUGUCCUUCUGCUGGUUUCUAUUGGUGCUGUGAUUGGAUUAAUUUUUAUAUACUGCUACAUCAGACCGAAGAGCAACAACAUUCCCAGUGUCUUGCGCAUUAUAAAAAGAAAUGGACAGGUCCUAAUACCGAUCUCUGAGGAACCCCACAAUCUUUCACUUCUGCAUAUUUACCCAGAUGACUGCAAGGCCAAGUAUCAGGAAAAGGAUGAUAACUUAUCUCAUGGAUACCAUACAGGAGUCGCGAGAAUGAUGGUCAGGCGUGAGUCUGUUAAAAAGAUCGAGGAUGGUCUUCUUUUCCAAGUCGUGGACGUGAAAGAUCAGAACAAGCCUUCAGUCGUUAAUUUGUAUAGCACUGCUGCAAAGAUGGAGGAGGCCGAUGAAUGUUUGUCUCUGUCAGAAUGUCAUGCUUGUGGCGUGACACCAAGAACCUCAUUCCCAGGCUUAAGUCCAACAUGUAGUAAAAAUGCGGAUGUUGAAAAUACUUUAGACUCUGAACCUAACGUGUUCGAUGAAGAAAACUUCUCUAGCGAUUAUUUCGAAGAAAGUAACUCAUCUGAUGGAAUGAUGUUUAAUUUUGAAAGCAACUAUGAGCCCAGACCGGACCCAUGCUGCAUGUUGGAGGCCCAAGCAAGGUUAAAACAUUGAACAAUGAAGAGUCAUUAAAACUUUCACAUGGUGCUUUUUUGUGCUAAUCUAACAACCCAGCAAAAGUAUGUAGCUCUAAAUGGAAUCGUGGGGUUGUUAAAUAGAACGUUUAAACGAUGACUACAACAACAAUGUUGAAAGCGGAACAGUUUGUACUUCACAAUUAAACUGUCACUUUUGUUUAUUUUUUAAUAGAUGAUUGACAGCUUUUAAUUAAAUAAUAUGCAGAGCUAUUGUAGCUCUAGGCGUGUAGUUAAUACCUGUGCAUAUUUCGUUGGUAAGGAAGUGACUCAACACUAAUCUAUAAUGCGGAAGUUUCUUUUAAAUUCAGCUACACAGCUUCACAACUGGUCAUGACUUUACAUUUUUUUAUGUCGUAUUUUGAAAGUUUUUCCUUCAUAUGCGAGCGACUUGGAAGUGCAAACUUAUGAACCAAAGCUACGGAAGUACCAACUACACCUUUCAGUGCAUUUUCAACCUGAUAAAUGUGGGAAAGUGCGAAAAAGUUGGAGAAUGAUUUCCAAACAUGUUAUUAUGAAGGAAUGUGGACACUUAAAAAAACUAAAUGUUUGUAAAUCGCCUUUUUUGUUUGUUUGUUUGUUUGAUAUCAUAACCCAGGGUGCUACGAAGUGUCGAUUACCUGCUACCUCUUUAUGUCUGAAAUGUAUAUGAAAUGUAUGAUCUGUAGACUAUGACUAACGACUCAGACAUUACAUCUUUCAAGGUGUUUAUCAACAUUUUCAUCAUAAACUUUAAUGUGUCAUAUAUUAUACAACAAGAAUGGAUGUAGACAAAAUAAAUAUGGUGUGAGAAAAAAUAUCACACUUGUUAUUCAC